GUGCCAAGCGCUUCAUACCCUUUGUCAAUACUUUAUGGUCUGUAAUUUUCUAUGGAUGUUUUGCGAAGGGUUGUAUUUGAAUACAAUAAUGGUUUAUGCCUUAAGCUCUGGAAAAAUUCUGAUUUUUUCGUGUAACGCUAUAGGAUGGGGACUGCCUGUCAUUUUCACGACAAUUUACGCAGUUAUAAGAAGUAAUGACGAAGUCAGUUCAUCUGAUUGCUGGUUAGAUGAGAGCUCACUCCAAUGGAUUGUUUAUGGACCCAUCGUCCUUUCCAUAGGGGUGAAUGUACUCUUUUUGAUUAACAUAGUGAGGCUGUUAAUCACGAAGCUUAGACAAAUGCCCGAAGCUGAUCAAACAAGAAAAGCAACAAGGGCAACACAGAUACUGGUUCCUUUGCUGGGCUUACAAUAUCUACUGUUUCCUAUACGAUCAGAUGCUGGCUCAGAUCUAGAAGAUGUUUACCAUGUAGCUGUAGCACUUUUAGUAUCUUUGCAGGGUGCAUUUGUUUCAUUGAUGUACUGCUUUUGUAAUAGUGAGGUUAUUCAGGUAUUACGUAGACGGUGGAACCAACACAAGUUGAUGCACCGUAGCAGCAUGCGAACAUCCGCAAAUCAUGGUACCACGUACACCACCAUGGAUCCUGUUACACAGACAAAUAGAACAUAUUGUAGUACAGUGGAUCACAAAGAUCCACCAAUAGAAAUGACUACUAUUGAUGAAAACAAGUAACGAUGAGGAGACAGUUCACAGAAUAAGAUUUAAAAUAGCACCAGUUAAUUCGAACAGUAUGAAUGCCGAGACACAUUCUAUGACGAAGAAGCAAAUAAAGUAGG